AAAAACUCAUGGUUUCAGACAAUAAUUGAAUGUAGCUGCAGCAGAGACUCUGUCUGCGCUGUACAUUUACCGACAACUUUGCUGCUAAUUUCUGGAUCAACCUCUUCCCUUUCUGUCCCUGAUAAUCCUUUUUUUAUUGUGAUUUAUCAAAUGCUGGAUGGAAGCUGCAACUCCAGCAGAACCUCCACACGUCUGCACCAGAAGGGGAGACUCAAUAGAGGCGUUAUCGAUACCUCUUAGUUAUCAUCUUAUUAUGUAAACCACACAUACUGUAUGGUCUGAAAUGAGCCGUAACAGAAGAACCUGUCUAACAGCGCUUUGUUUCCAUGUUUCUUUAAGGCCUAGACAAAACUUCAUUACACCAUGUGGCAAACUGUUCACAGGCGACAGAAACUUAAACACAUCUAAUGCGUGUGAGACGGAUGGAAGAUAAGAGCUUGCAUUUAGACGGCAUGCUGUGCUGAGAUGAGGAACAGGAAAUCCUUCCCCCCCAGUCUUCAUUUGUUUGACUCGUAGACCUUUGAUGCAAAGUCUUGCUUCAUUACCACUUGUUUGUCUCUCUCUAGAGAUGUGUACUUUUGGGGAAGCAAUUAAGAGCUUUAAUGGGAAAAGCCAACAUAGCUGUGGUAGAACAACGAGAGAUGCGACAUGAUGUUCUCCAUCUAUAACAUCGCUCAUUUGUCCCUGUUGUAGAGAGUGGGAGCAGAUCUGCAGGCUCGGGUCAAAGGGGAGUUUGCAGCUCUCCAUCAGAUCCUGCAGGAUGAGGAGUUCUGCAUGCUGGAGCAGCUCAGGAGGGAGCAGGGGGAGGAGGUGGAGAGAGUGCAGCGCCACAUGGAGGCCAUGGAGCUGGCAGUAAGACAGCUGGAGGAGAAUAUGAGAGUGCUGCAUCAGGCGAGUGCUGACACUGAGAACAUCGUCCUGACUCAGCUCCCACAGAUAAAGCCAUGUGUGCAGGUGAAGAACGCCCUGGAGUUUGAAAUAAACGCUUUCAGCAACAAAUACCUGGCCCCAUUACAGUACAUCACAUGGAGAAGGAUGUUCAAGUCUCUGAAGCCAGGUCCUUCCCCAUUAACGUUUGAUGUCGACACAGCGCACCCGAGCAUUCAGGUCUCCAGGGACAAAACGGCAGUUGUUGAAUGUGACAUCAUGAUCCCGCACAACGACCACAACAAGCGCUUCCUGCAGUGCGUCAACAUCCUGGCUGCACAGGGUUUCCAGUCAGGCCGACACUACUGGGAGGUAGAAGUGGGCUCCAAGCCCAAGUGGGACCUGGGCGUGGCCUCGGAGGCCGUCGACAGGCACACUCGCAUCAAGCUGAGCCCCGAGAGCGGCUACUGGACGCUGCGGCUGCGUAAUGCCUGUGAAUACUCGGCCGGCACGCAGCCCUGGACCAGGCUGCAGCUCGUCUCCGCCCCUCAGAGGCUCGGGGUCUACUUAGACUGCGAGGAGAGGAGGGUCUCCUUCUACAACGCCGAUGAUAUGAGCCUGCUGUACUCGUUCACCAACGGGCCGAGGGGCAAGGCGUUCCCCUUCUUCAGUCCGUGCAUCAGUGAUGGCCGACAGAAACCUCCGCCUAUCAAACUCCUCCACUACCCUCCUGUCGCUCUGUCUGGCUAGCAUGGGGGCAAUCGAUACAAAGCUCUUCAGUAUGCAAAGCCUUCUAUUCACUUAUUGACCAAUAACUGUUAGCACUAGGCUCUUAAAAGACAGCAGUGCCUUUUUAGCAUUAUGGGUCUGUAUCAGCCAUUUCAGAUUGCUCUAUUGAUCAGAUACAGUAUAUCUACUUUCUACCUGCAAUAAGCCUUUAAAGCCUUGAUAUGUUAUGAACAAUGCUAUAUUCCUUCAUUAUAAUUGAAAUAGUUCUGAAGAGGCUAAUUCUAUGUGCUGUAGCCAUCAACAGAAACGUUAAACUAACACUUUGUUCAACAAUUUUGAAUAGUGAAGCUGGAUGCAUGCGGUUCUUCACUGCUCAUCCUAAUCUCUUAAAGAAGAUGAAGACAGUUGACCUUUCAAUGAUACUCCUUUUAUUUAUUUUUCAUUAAGUCAGACUGUCCUCAGUCGCUUGUAAAAGGUUAUUGUUUUAAUCACCAUUGAGUUUUAUCAGCAUAAAAGAUGUGUGCACUUUAGUUUGAGAUUUUACUGAUUAAAUGGUUCAUGUUUGGACUUCGGUCUGAAAUGAGAAACAGAUGUUCUUUCUGAUGAAGUUUAACAUCCAAAUGUAACUUCAUAGCACCUUUACGAGUUCUGUAUAUGACUUCUAGCAGCUGUUGAUUUGUCAUUAUCUAUAAAAAUAUACAUUAUACGUGCUUAAAUGUAAGUGUGAUAUAAUGCACUCUUGUUUUUUUAUAGAGCACGGAGAUAUAGUUCUUUACAGGAUUCAGUGUAUGCAGUAUAUUUACAUUGUUGCCAUUGCAUGUCAGUUGCAUAUGACCCAAAUGAUCACUGUAAAACUGCCGAUUCAAACAAUAAACCAAAUCACUCUUUUCACAAAA